GGCCUAUUUCAGUGGCUGCCAUUCACUUCACACCUGUAACUGACUCGCCGACCGUUACUCAGACAUCGCCGGACCCUAUCUCUCCCCCCGAAGACCUGCAUUUUCCUGCGCCAUGAAGCCACCUCGAUUCAUUUUUACUAAACCCACAGCUUCACUCUUCAUCAGAACCCCCAAUUCGCCUCCAAAUUCGCAGAGACUCCCUCACCUCUGGCCAUCUGACAUCAGAUUUCGGUCAUGGAAAAGACCCCAGAUACCCUCUGCAGCCCAGUCGUCCUCGACGGCGAUUGCGCCGGCGAUGAUCUCCGGUGGGAUAGAGGACGAGAAGGCAGAAGCGGUGGAGGGGAGUGUAGAGAAGGUUAUUUAUGGUUGCAGAUUCUUUACACUUUUUGGAGUCUGGGGGUCUUUGGUUGGAUCAAUUCUAUGUUUCAUCAAGGGUUGCACUUAUGUUGCGAUGUCGUUCAUGGAGUACUUUGUGAAUCACACCAAUGUGAUUUUGUUGCUGGUUGAGGCUAUUGAUGUCUAUCUUCUAGGAACCGUGAUGCUGGUUUUUGGAAUGGGUCUCUAUGAGCUCUUUGUCAGCAAUCUUGACCUUGCAAAGUCACUGCCAGAGGAAAGAAAUCAGCAGAGAUCCAAUCUCUUUGGCUUAUUCACUCUACAGGAACGGCCACAAUGGUUAGAGAUAAAAUCGGUCAAUGAGCUGAAAACCAAGCUUGGGCAUGUAAUAGUGAUGCUUCUUCUAAUCGGGUUGUUUGAAAAGAGUAAGAAGGCAGCUAUACUCACCCCUGUGGAUUUGCUAUGCUUCGCAGCUUCUAUUCUUCUUUCCUCUGUUUGCCUGUAUUUACUGUCAAAGCUCCAUGGCUCGAAAUGAGGAUUCUCACAUGAACAAACGAUCGAUAAUGCUUUGGAAAAUGGUAUUAGAGAAAGAUUCAGGUAACCAAGGUAUGUAUAUAUAUGGAGGAUAUAUGUUGCUAUAACAGUGUAUUAUGAAAUAUGAACACUGAGAGCUAAGAUUACUAGAAAGGCUUAUAGAAGUCGAUGCUGUAAUGGAAAUUUAAUCAUCUUGCAGAAUCAAAUACUAACCUUCAUCAAAGUUGGCCAUAAGUUGCUUGAUUGUACAUCA